CUCUCUCGCAAGUCUAAUUCCCAAUUUCUUUCUAACUCUUUCAUUCCUCAACUCACGACAACUUUCUCCCCGAAUCUAAAAUCUGAAACCCUAGCCCCAAACCAAUUAUUGCAAGCUCCAAUUCAUCUACCAGCGGCGACGAGGAAGACGAUUGUUGUUAUCGGUACUUGGCCAAGCAAGAGCUCGAACAGGCUUAUAGCUUGCAAUUGGCCUUCGCUUGUUAGAACAGCGCCACAGUCACAAACCCGCGAUGGCUUCCAUCUUAGCCCGCAAAUCCGUCGCUGUGCUUCGUGCUCGUCAUCUCGUUAGAACAGAACUUAAUGUGCAGAAGGUUCGGGGAAUCUAGGGUGAGCAAAGUGGUUUUCUGCCAAUUGGGUGGUUCCGUAAUGAAUUCCUUUGAUCAAUUUUUAGCCUCAGCUGGUGCAUGCUAUAUUAUUCUGUGCGCAUUCUGUAUGCAGGUGCGUGAUGUGGCAAGUGUGUGAUCUUCUUGGGUUUGCUUUGGAGUUGCAUAAUGCUGAAGCAACAAAGUCGAAGCUCAUGUUGAGUUAUCAAAAACCCUCUAUUUGAAGAGUUACUCAUUCUCACGUGAGCGCCAGCUACUAUGCGCAAGUAGGAGAGAGAGGAAAAGCGAGAUGAGAAAUAGAAGGAGCAGCAAGCAAAGAAAAGGGGGCUUUUGAAGCAGAAGAAGAAACCAUUUGAAACCUUGUGGAAAAUUAUUUUUUCCGUUGCUAGAUUUGCUGUUUGUGACAUUCUCAAGAUCUUUAUUCAUAACAAUUGAAGAGAUGGGGAAAUUGACGUUUCGGCGGAGGAAGAAGGCUGCCCCGCCACAGAUGCCGCCUCCUCCUCCGGCGAUCGAGGUAGCGUCCACGAGUAAGGCGGCUGUGAAGAAGAAGGCUGGAGGGGCGCGGUUGUGGAUGAGGAUGGAUCGCUGGGGGCAGUCAGAAUUGAUCGAGUGUGACAAGAGUGUGAUUAUCAAGCGGGUCUCCAUACCUGCUAGGGAUUUGAGGAUCCUCGGGCCCAUAUUCUCUCAUUCCUCCAGCAUUCUUGCUAGGGAAAAAGCUAUGAUUGUUAACUUGGAAUUUAUAAGAGCAAUAGUUACCGCUGAAGAGGUAUUGUUACUUGAUCCUCUUCGCCAAGACGUUCUGCCAUUUGUUGAUCAACUGAGGCGACAAUUACCACAAAAAGGCCCUUCUACGCAUGUGGUAGAUCAAACCGUCACUCGGAAUAAUGAAAUGCAAUCUCCCACUGCUGGACAAUGGCUGCCUGUUCCAGAAGCCGCUGAAGUUGUGCAAGAUGAACUUCCUUUUGAGUUCCAGGUUCUGGAAAUUGCAUUAGAGGUUGUCUGCACAUAUUUGGACACCAGUGUUGCUGAACUUGAGAGAGAUGCUUAUCCUGCUCUGGAUGAACUGGCCAUAAACGUUAGCACCAAGAAUCUUGAGCAUGUGCGAAGUUUGAAAAGCAACCUCACCCGUCUGCUGGCACGAGUACAAAAGGUAAGAGAUGAAAUUGAACAUCUUUUAGAUGAUAACGAAGAUAUGGGACAACUAUACUUAACACGGAAGUGGAUACAGAAUCAACAAUCUGAGGCUUUACCCACAGGUCCUGCAUCAAAUAGCAUUGUUCCUGCUGCAGGUCAUCUCCGUCGACUCAGCUCUACCAGAAGUGGUAGUUUAAUGAGCAACUAUUUUAAUGACGAUGAUGUGGAGGAUCUGGAAAUGUUGCUUGAAGCUUACUUCAUGCAAUUAGAUGGCACCCGCAACAAAAUACUGUCUGUACGUGAGUACAUCGACGACACAGAGGACUACGUCAAUAUCCAACUCGACAACCAAAGAAACGAACUCAUCCAACUGCAGUUGACGAUGACAAUAGCCUCGUUUGCCAUCGCAGUCGAAACUCUCAUAGCUGGGAUAUUUGGGAUGAACAUUCCUUGCACAUUGUACAACAUCAAUGGGAUUUUCUGGCGCGUUGUCGGGAUCAUGACAGCUGCUUGCAUAGCGCUAUUCAUUCUUGUUUUGGGAUACGCCAGAUGGAAGAAGCUCAUUGUUUCUUGACGUCCUCGGAGACAAUAUAUGUAUCUCUAUCAAUAAUAAAAGAAGAAAGGUAAAUAAAUAAGGUAUUGAUCUACGCAUUGGGUUCUUCCUCCCAACAGGUGGAAUUUCUUACAUUGUAACAUAGUUAGCCAGUUAGUUGCUUCAUGUGAGUUUAUCCAAGUACAAAAUUAAUCAAAGUACAAUAUUAUUGCAAACUUGACUUUCGUUUCCCACUGUU